GGUAUUUGGAGAAACAGGAGCAGGCAGAGGAGUUGGGGGAAAGGAACCCCCGAGCUGUACCAAAGGAAGCCACGGCGUCGGCGGCUCGGAGGACGACAACGACGGCGAUUUUUUUUUCGUAUUCUCGCGAGAGUUGGUGGCUAACCUUCCCUCCUCACUUUCCUACCUUCCUCUCCCCUACCCCUCCCCCCAAUCUGGAAACAGCGCCGUUUCGGUCUGGGAAGUAGGUGGAAAAAGAUGGGGAUCCUGGCUUGGGGAACUCACUAGAGAUUCAGGCUGAGGAAGGGGGUCUCCCCUUAGGAGAGGCUCGUUGGGCUUGGUCACGGGCCUCCAGGAUUUGCCCGGUGAGCCAGGCCCCGGGGCGGGCUGGAGGUGUGUAUAGUAACCCCUCUCAGGAAGUUAAGGAAAUAGCAAAUAAAUUCAGACCCCACUUUCAUUUUGUAGAGACGUGAGGCCUUGAGUUAGUGGCAAAGCAGCCUUGACCCAAGGGAGUCCACUACUUAAGUACUUUGGGGGACUACUGUUAGGGGACCCCUGCUUCAAAAAUCUGGAAGUGAACUAGUCUCUUUCCAGAACUUUUUUUUUUUUUUUUUUUGUGCUUGGAAAGUUCAACUCCUUGCCUAUUUACAAACUGGGGUUUAUAUGUAUUUUUACCCCUUUAACCAACCCUUUUGGGGAAUUCAUAUCCUGAAACUAGAGGUUAAUUGAGACCUGCAAUUAAGGAAGAGCAGGUGCUUACUCAGGGUUAAAAACGCCUUCUCUGCCCUUUGUACUUGUGGGAUCAGAGGAUAUUUUGACAAAGAGUUAUUUUUCUCCAUUUGAAACGUGGACUCAGCUCAGUUUUAGAUCUAUUUCUGAGACAACUUUAUCUUAUAUUCUGCAUGUCAGUGUAGAAUCAGGCAUUCAUAGAGCAACCCCAUCUACUCUCAUGUAAAGAGACAAGAGUGGGUUGAAUGUAGGAAGUAGGUAACAAAAGGGAAAGCAGCCCUUCCAUCAUAGGAGGGGGUGUCUUGAAGAUUAGAAUUUGGGCUUUUUGGAGGAUUCCUCCUUUUUUUCAAGCACAGUGGAGAAGGAAUGCCAAACCCAGAGAGACAUGGGGGCAAGAAGGAUGCGGGAGGAGGGGGGUCUUUGCAUCAAGAUGCAGUAUCCGGCAGUGGGAGCUCAAACAGCAGAGAGAGGCACCGGCUCUCCAAGCAUAAAAGACACAGAUCCAGGCAUUCCAAAGAUUCACCGUUGGGGUCCCAAGAAGGAGGAGCACCACUUGGCAGCAUGAUCAAGCCAUUGGUAGAAUAUGAUGAUAUCAGCUCCGAUUCUGACACCUUCUCAGAUGAAGCAGUCCUCAAGUUGGAACGUAGAGAAAAUGAUGAGCGGAAAGGGACAUCGGACAGGAGUGAUCGCCUACAUAGACAUCGUCAUCAUCAGCACAAGCGUGUCCGUGAGUUGAUGAAAAGUAAGCUGGGGGACAAGGAGAAGAGACUGGACAGGAACCAAGAGUCCUCAGGCAAGUUGAGUUCUACUAAAGAUAGACUAUUUGGGACUUCCAAAAGGCUGCAUGAGGAGAAUGAUGACCAUUCAUCUAAAUCAUUCAAGAGCAGUAGCAAAGAGUCCCGGUCAGCCAAACUGCAUAAGGAGAAGUCUAGGAAAGAGCGGGAGGCAAAAUCUGGUCAUAAGGAUCGCAGUAAAAGUCAUCGGAAAAGAGAUGCCCCCAAAAGCUACAAGUCACUGGACAGUCCAAAGCGGAAAUCCAGAAGUCCACACCGUAAGUGGUCAGAUAGUCCCAAACAAGAUGACAGUCCCUCAGGAGCAUCCUAUACACAGGACUAUGACAACAGCCCUCCACGCUCGCACACAUCCAGUAACUAUGAUUCCUAUAAGAAGAGUCCUAGUGUAUCCUCACGACGACCAUCAGUCAGCCCUCCUUAUAAGGAACCUGCUGCCUACCAAUCCAGUAUACGUUCUCCCAGCCCUUAUGGCAGGAGACAGCGGUCAGUCAGCCCAUACAGCAGGAGGCGUUCAUCCAGCUAUGAAAGGGGAAGUGGAUCCUACAGUGGAAGAUCCCCCAGCCCAUUCAAUCGAAGGCGCUCCAGCAGUCCUUUUGUUUCCAAGCGGUCUCUGAGUCGUAGUCCUGUUUCCAGGAAGCCCAUGAAAUCCCGAAGCAGAAGUCCUGCUUAUUCAAGGCAUUCAUCAUCUCAUAACAAAAAGCAAAGAACUGGGUCUCGCAGUCGCCAUUCCAGUAUCUCACCUGCUCGACUACCACUGACCUCCAGUUUGGGAGCUGAGCUGAGUAGGAAAAAAAAGGAGAGGGCUGCAGCAGCAGCCGCUGCAGCAAAAGUUGAUGGAAAGGAGAGCAAGGACUCACCUAGCCUGUUGUCUAGGAAAGAAAAUAACUUAGCUGAAGUAAAAGAGUCUAUAAUGGAUGUCAAGAAGACAAAAAUGGCUAAGCCUGAAAAAUGUCCUCCUGAUCUAGAGACGGUAAAUACUCUACAGCACAAUGCAGAGACGAAAACAACUCCUGAGCCUGUCAAAACAAAGACAGUAGAAAAUUCUGAGAAGAAACUACCUGCUUCGGUUAAAGACUCAAAAACAAUGGGAACAAAAGAUAUGAAACUUGUUAUAGCAAAGGAGGAAAUUGUGACUCCAAAAGAAAUAGAGACAGCUGAGCAAGAGGUCCCACCUCCUUUGCCUUCUGUAAAGUCACUCCCUCCUUUACCAACAUCAUCCCCACCUCCUCAGAUUCCUCCUCCUCCAUUGCCCCCUUUGCCUCCAUUGCCAGUUGUUCCCCCUCUGCCACCUGCCCAGUCAUCUACCAUUCACAGCCCUGCUUUAGUUUCUUUGUGUCUGCCAUCUUCUGCCCACUCUAAGACAUCCUUGACUUCUCAGGCUAACUCUCAGUCCACCAUGCAAUCCUCCUCAAAGGGACAUGUUUCCGUGGCCAUAGCUGUCCCACAUCUGAAAACGUCAACGUUGCCUCCACUCCCUUUCCCACCAAUCUUGCCUGGGGAAGAUGAGUUGGAAAGUCCAAAAGAGAUUGUUCCUGUGAAGUCUGUGAAGAAAGAGAAAGAACAGAGACCACGACACUUGCUUACAGACCUCCCACUCCCUCCAGAGCUUCCUGGUGGAGACCCUUCACCGCCAGAGUCUCCAGAACCAAAGGCAGCCACACCACCUCAGCAAUCAUUGAGAAAGAGACCAAAAAUCUGUUGCCCUCGUUACGGUGAAAGGAGGCAGACAGAAAGUGAUUGGGGAAAGCGCUGUGUGGAUAAAUUUGACAUUAUUGGUAUUAUUGGUGAGGGAACAUAUGGGCAAGUGUAUAAAGCCAAGGACAAGGAUACAGGUGAAUUGGUGGCUUUGAAAAAAGUAAGGCUGGACAAUGAAAAGGAAGGCUUCCCUAUUACAGCUAUCCGUGAAAUCAAGAUCCUCCGACAGUUGAUUCACCGGAGUGUUGUCAACAUGAAGGAAAUUGUUACAGACAAACAAGAUGCACUGGAUUUCAAGAAGGACAAAGGUGCCUUUUACCUUGUAUUUGAAUAUAUGGACCAUGAUCUCAUGGGAUUGCUAGAAUCUGGGUUGGUGCAUUUCUCAGAGGACCAUAUCAAAUCGUUCAUGAAGCAGUUGAUGGAGGGACUGGACUACUGUCACAAAAAAAACUUUCUUCAUCGAGAUAUUAAAUGUUCCAAUAUCUUAUUAAACAACAGUGGGCAGAUCAAGCUGGCAGACUUUGGUCUUGCCCGACUUUACAGUUCAGAAGAAAGCCGUCCAUAUACCAAUAAAGUCAUUACAUUAUGGUAUCGACCACCUGAGUUGCUGCUAGGUGAGGAGCGUUACACACCAGCUAUAGAUGUCUGGAGCUGUGGCUGCAUCCUUGGGGAACUGUUUACAAAGAAACCUAUUUUUCAAGCUAAUCUUGAGUUGUCCCAGCUUGAAUUAAUCAGCCGCCUUUGUGGGAGCCCCUGUCCAGCUGUAUGGCCAGAUGUCAUCAAACUCCCCUACUUCAACACCAUGAAACCGAAGAAGCAAUAUCGUAGGCGUCUGCGGGAGGAGUUUUCCUUCAUUCCUUCUGCUGCCCUCGACCUGCUAGACCAUAUGCUAACACUGGACCCCAAUAAACGAUGUACAGCAGAGCAAGCCUUGCAGAGUGAUUUCCUGAAGGAUGUUGAUAUCAGCAAGAUGGAUCCUCCAGACCUCCCACAUUGGCAGGACUGUCAUGAACUGUGGAGCAAGAAACGCCGGCGGCAACGGCAAAGUGGGAUUGUGGUGGAGGAACCUCCCUUAGCAAAGGUCUCCCGGAAGGACACAGCCUCUGUAAUAAGCGCUGAUGCCAUCAAGAAUCAUAGCAGCCCAGUACAGCCCCAGCCUGCUCAGAUCAAAACACAACCUGGUGCUGGAGACUCAUUUGCAGGUCUUGGUGACAUCACACAGCAGCUGAAUCAGAGUGAGCUGGCUGUCUUACUGAACUUGUUGCAGAGCCAGACAGACCUAAGUGUUCCACAGAUGGCUCAGCUACUCAACAUCCAUUCAAACCCUGAGAUGCAGCAACAGCUAGAGGCCCUUAACCAAUCUAUCAAUGCACUCAAUGAAGCCACCACCACUCAGCAACUGCAGGAUUCUCAGAAAGUGCCUGAAGAGGAAACAGCUGUUGAGGAGCCACCCCCACCAGCCCAGCCCUCUGAGGAGCAAGCCACUCCAGAAGCGGCAAGCACUCAGGGAGACAUGCAGAGCGUCCUGGCAGUUUUGCUGAGCCAGCUAAUUAAAACCCAAGAGCCUGCAACAAACAUGGAGGAGAAUAGCAGUGAGAAGAACAGCGAUCUGCGGGGGCCACGGAAAACCCCCACUUUGCCUCAGGAGGAAACUGCAGCCUGUCCUCACAUUCUCCCACCAGAGAAGAGACCCCCUGAGCCUCCUGGACCACCACCGCUGCCACCACCCAAUCUGGCUGAAGAGAACAACUCUAAUGCAGCUCAGGAGUUGAACCCGGCUGUGACAGCCGCUCUCCUCCAACUUUUAUCCCAGCAAGAGGCAGGGCUGCUGAGCCACCCAAAGCAGGAACCCCAAGUUGGGAGGUCCUCCUCGGAAUACACCAGGUCACAAACUUCAUCCAGGACUUACAGCACCGACGGGCCUGAGGGCUGCAACUUUGAUGUUGAUGAAAGGAAUUCCAGCCAGACUUUAACAGAGACAUCAUCCCCAACCUUGGGGAAAAGUAGGACCUUCCUGGGUUCCACAAGUCACAUCAGGGAGUCGAGCAGUUACCAGAGCGCAGGAUCAGUUCAAUUCCCUGGGGACCAGGACCUCCGUUUCACCCGAGUCCCCUUAGGGAUACAUUCUGCCGUUGGGCAGUCCUUCAUCAAAACUGAGGGGAGUAACAAUACACUGGUACACUCAGAGGCCAAAAUUCAUAACUACAAUGAGGUGGGAGUAACAAAUGCUCUUUCGAGUGACACAGGAACAAGCCACACGUGGGGAAACCCAAUCCAGUCCACUGCUUAUGGGAAAGCCUUUCGUGGGCAGAAUAGAGUACCUCCCAGAGGAGGAAGAGGGGUACCUUACUAAAAUGACUGAAGAGGUGGCAUGGGGGGGCGGGGUUACCUUCCUAUUCUCUUGACCUUAGAACAACUAGUUUGAUGGGCAAACCAUUGACCACCUACCAUAGAAAUGGUUUAUUGUCAAUACUUCCCCCCUUUUGCUCACCAGGCUGCUGCUGUCUCUUUCCCCUCAGGGGCUUUAGAGUGAAAAUUCUUAAGCCUUCUUGUGACAUCAUUCCAUCCCCAAAAUCUACUGAUUUGGGUUUGAUGUGGUGAGUUUUGCUACAUUGAGAUGGGGGGAGGGGGAAAAGAAGGAAAGAUUCCUUAAACAAAACAAUAAAUUGGAAACAUGAAUUGAAUGUGCUUGCAAGACUUGAGCCAUUAUUUCUGACAGUGAGCCCACUGAAGAUCUGGAUGAGGUGAAUCAGUGUCCUGGUCUAUCCAUGUCGCAGAAUGAGGUCUUAGAAUGAGCUGUACUGUUUCAGCUAGCAGGUGGAGGAAUCCACAUGUGGACCAAGAGACAGAAAUUUGUUCUCUUGCUGGUAGAAAUUUCAGAUUGUGGGGAGAGAUGCUAGGCCAGCCUUCCCUUGGCUGUAUUAAUUUUCUUCCUAGAGGCAAGACUGUGCCUUUAUGGGAAGAAGAGCAUUCAAAAAGUGCAGUUCAGCACCAUCAGUCAUGCAGCCAGCUCAUUCUACGGCUCAUGUAGAUCUAAUCUCAGUAUUGCAAAGUCCAUACAUGUUUUGUUUUUCCCUUUCUUGAAUUUCAAGAUUUGUCAGAUGGUGCCUACAUGCCUUUUAUACUGAAUUAGGAGAACUUUGUUUAUGUUAUGUAAGUCGGGAUAUUUUCCCCCUUCUUAGUUAUAGUUCCUUUACGUGAAAAGGCAGGAUGCUACAUUCUUCCAAGGGUAAGCUGUUCCCUGGUUUACUGUGAAAAGCCCUGUGCUGUUAUACUCACCUUUCAGACCUUAGCUGAAUUAAGUUUCUGUAGUGUCCAUGGGUCCACUGACUUGUGGAUGGAAUUAAUUUCUUUUUUAAUUUUCUCUCUUAAGAAUGGCAAGUGUCUUUUUGUUGAAGUUCAUACAGCCUGAGUGAAUGGCUAAAAUAAAAUAAAAACCAAAAA